CGUACGAAUUCAACCGCGCCAUUCGCAACAGCUUGGUAAUAAGCUGUUGUGACACGAAUAUCAAAAUAUGAUGAAAUGAUAUGAUUCGAAAAAAAUCGAAUAUCAAAUUUCCGAAUAAGAAUGCGAAUAUCGCAGAUGUGCUCUUCGUAUUCGAAAUUCCGGAUAUUCGCACACCGCUUUUAACAUGCGCAACGAUUACGAUGUGCGUAAGAAGAAAACAUAACGAAGUCGGAAAAGGGGGGCGUUUAUCUGGUUCUGGUACGUUAGCAAGUAUAAUGGAGACUCCAAUAGUCAGUACAACGAAUCGGCUAACGGUAUCGCAAUGGCGGAAUACAAGGAUGUGGUGGUUGUAGGCAACGGACCAUCUGGCAUUACUAUGUCCUUCCUACUGGCUGGAAAUUGGCCCUAUUAUACUGCUUCCAGUCACCCCAACACCUAUCUCCAUGCCAGGCUGGAUGAAAAGAGGGAUGUCUCACUCGUCGAAUUGGACUUGGAGGAACUGAGUUGUGGAUUGGAAGGGAGGUCCAACAACCCUGUGUCUUUGCUUCUGGAUGCCCUCAUUCAUCCUGAUGCGGAUCUCGGUUCUGAUGAAAAACCUGCACUGUCCUGGUCCCAGGAAGCAUCAAAGGCCCUGGACCAUGUGGUUAUCGGAGUGGGACCCCCUGGUGGUAGCUGGCAGCGCAUGGAUGGCAGCAUCUUGACCAUCAGCCUUGGAUCGUGGAUGGAGCUUCCAGAUCUCACGUUCCGAGAGUGGGAGCAGACUAAACCUCGCACUACACCCUGCUGUGGAACAAAUGGCCAUAACAGAGCGCCUGUGCAACGUGUCGCCCAAUAUUACCGCGACUACGUCUCACACAAGGGCCUUACACCCUACUUCCGCAGUUUCUCUUGUGUCACAUCUAUUAGAAUCACUGAUGAAAAAGAAGGCCUGUGGGAAGUUGCAGGAUAUGACACAGAAACCGGGGUCACAUUCCAAUACAUUACUCACCAUGUUGUCCUAGCAGUAGGACAGUAUGAUGAACCGAAGCUGCUGGAUGUAGCUGGUGAAGAUUUGUCAUUUGUGUUCCAUGAUUUGAGCCACCUGGAAGACCUACUACGGUACCCUCAGGUGCCAAUUCAAAGGCUCGCAGUUGUGGGUAGUGGACUGUCUGCCGCUGACGCUGUGAUCGCAGCACGAUUUCACGGUGUGGAUGUGGCUCACAUUUUCAGGAAGAAAGUUGAUGACCCUGCACUGAUUUUCAACCAGCUGCCACGAAACAUGUACCCUGAAUACCAUAAAGUUCAUCAGAUGAUGGGGGCUGCCGAGAAUUAUCCUGGCUACAAGGCAUACAGCAACUGUCAAGUUAAGGCCAUCAAAGAAGACGGGACUGUUGUUUUGGACUCUGGCGUAGAAUUGAAGGACAUAUCCCAUAUGUUGGUCCUCAUAGGUUCAUAUGCGAACCUGAACUUUUUGUCCAAUCAAGGAUUGGAUCUGGGACUAUGUCCAGGAAGUUUGGUGGACUGUAGGGCUAACCCAAUUGAGAUACAUCCAUUCACUCACGAGACCUUGGCAUAUAAAGGCCUCUAUGCUCUAGGACCUCUGGUGGGCGAUAACUUUGUUAGAUUUCUUCAAGGUGGUGCAUUAGCAGUGACUAGUCAUGUGUGGAGAAGCUAUAGGGCCCGGCAUAAAUCAUGCCAAGGAAGAAGUGUCUGUUCUCUAGACUGUUGAGUUGUACAGUAAGAGUUUCACUGGUGGUGCAACAAUGUAGACAUUUUAAAUCCGGAAUCAAAUGAAAUGGAGUGGACCGACCCAGUGGCGAUUAGGUACACUGCCAUAAUCCUCAGUGAUCAAUUUGAGGAGUGGUCUUACAGCUCUGGUGCAAAAAAAAAAAAAAAAAAAGAACAAUGGAUGUGAGGCGCGCCGUAUCAAAUCGCACAUGGUCUUUAAUAGUAUAUGCAUCGUACGUGUAUAUUAGCAUGUACAUUGUUCUACGUACAUUGUAAAUAUACAUGUAAGGGUCAGUAUAGGAAAUGCUUAAAAAGCAGCCCUGCAAAUAAAGUGGUAUUAACUAUUUAUUAUAGUUCGUAUAACAAUAAUAAAUCAUUGGAUGAAGCA